CAAGAUCGUCGAGCUGGAGGAGGAGCUCCGUGUCGUCGGUAACAACCUGAAGUCGUUGGAAGUGUCGGAGGAGAAGGCCCUGCAAAGGGAAGACUCCUACGAAGAGCAGAUCCGCGCCCUCAGCUCCAGGCUGAAGGAGGCCGAGUCCCGCGCCGAGUUCGCCGAGCGCUCCGUGCAGAAGCUGCAGAAGGAGGUCGACCGGCUCGAGGACGAGCUGGUGCACGAGAAGGACAGGUACAAGAACAUCUCCGAGGAGCUCGACCAGACCUUCCAGGAGCUGUCCGGCUAC